AUGUCUGGUCCCAUCGACCCAGAAACGAUCUACACCAAGCAAACCUGCAUUGGUGGUGGAAGUUUCGGCAGGGUCUAUAAAGGAGUUGAUAAGAGAACCGGAGAAUCCGUGGCCAUCAAGAUCAUCGAUGUUGAAAAUGCCGAAGACGAAGUUGACGACAUCAUCAAGGAGAUUGCGAUUCUGUCUGAGCUAAAGUCCCCAUAUGUGACCAAAUACCAUGGCUCAUACCUGAAGGGCUCGAACUUGUGGAUUAUUAUGGAAUUUUGCUCUGGUGGCAGCUGCCAUGGCUUGCUACGCCCCGGUGUAAUUCAUGAAGAGUACAUUGCCAUCAUCCUUCGAGAGCUUUUGCGAGGAUUGGACUAUCUUCAUGGCGAUCAAAAGUUACACCGAGAUAUUAAAGCUGCGAACAUUCUCUUGAGCGCAAGUGGCCAAGUCAAAUUGGCAGAUUUUGGAGUCUCGGGUCAAUUAUCGGCAACAAUGACCAAGAAGAAUACAUUCGUAGGAACUCCUUUUUGGAUGGCGCCAGAAGUCAUCAAGCAAUCCGGCUACGACUACAAAGCAGAUAUCUGGUCUUUGGGCAUCACAGCGAUUGAAUUGGCAUGUGGAGAUCCUCCGUACGCCGAUAUCCACCCUAUGAAAGUGCUGUUUUUGAUUCCUAAAAACCCACCUCCCACGCUUAAUGGCAAUUUCAGCAAGCCUUUCAAACAAUUCGUUGAAUUAUGCCUGCGCAGGGAUCCCAAGGAGCGACCUUCUGCCAAGGAGUUACUGGAACAUCCUUUUGUUAAGCGUGCGAAGAGGACCACAUACUUGACAGAGCUCAUUGAACGUGCAGAGCGCUGGCAGGCCACACAUCGUGGUAAUGGAGAUGACGAUGAUGAUUACGAUGAGCCCUAUGAGGAGUUUGAACAGAGACCAGAGGAACAUGAGGAUCUUUGGGACUUCGGUACUGUUCGACCCGUAGGACGAGCAGGUGCAGCACCACUACAUCCCCUGAAAGACUCAGGUACCAAUUCUCGCUCGCAGGAUAGUGAAGAGUGGGAUUUAGUAGAUGACACCAAACAACCCCCUUUGUCCCAACCUCUCCCUUCUCGACCACAGCGUGUACCUCCAACUGAAGUUUCUCCGACCAAAAAACACCUUCUCCCCGCACCACCCUCGCCUUUAAAGCAAACGGCUGCACAGCCAUCAAACAUUUCACGUCAACCACGCCCUGCCCCCACUUCUUACACUUCAUAUGAGGAGAAUUCCCCAUCCAGAUACAACGACCGGUACACACGAGCCAUGAUGGAUUACGCGAGUGGAGGUCAUGUUGACACUCCACCCCAAGCACAAUCCCCCGCGCCUGAACCCAACAACGCCAGGCGUGAACAAUCUCCAGUUUCCAGAAAACCAACCCCGGCUCAACGUCCUCCACCUGAGGUCAGCGCCAGCCCCGCUCAACCUCGUUCCGCCCCGAUCGCAGCCGCUCAAAAGGCACAAGAGACAGCGUCGCAGUAUGCCGUUCCCUCCCCAGGUCUGAAGUCAAAGCUGGCGCCAAAAUACGAUGCGCGUCGUCAACACACCCCAACUGCUGUCCCUCGUACCAACGACCAACCGAGGCAAACUUCAAAUGGCUCAGGCGAGAACGAUCACACGACUACUGCUUAUGGUUCUGUUAUUGUUCCUGCUCUUCGUGCAGCUAUGAAUCGACGCGGCCGUAGCCUUGCUCGCCUCGACCCGGCAAAAAACACAAGCAACGGACACCCCACUCCUGAGCAGGAGCAGCAAUGGGAGCGAAGCGUGCGUGUUCACAGAGCUAUGGAUCAUAUCACCGAAGAGCUAUCUCGGGGCUUCGCAAAUCUUCAUCAAUGGGAUAUGGAAGACCCAGUCCAGAUGGGCGGCGGUGUCAAUGCCGUUCUCGAUACUUUCCUGGAGGAAGUACUGGUACGCCUCCAAGCUGAUAGGCCUACUUCCACUUGA